AUAACAAUGACGAGGCCUAUGAUGGAUCAGGAUUCAGGAGAGCAUUUUGGGCCGGAUCCGGAUCCGGAUCCGGAUCUGAGCCUGGAUCCAAUUCUAGAUUACCGGGUUUGAGUAUCUGCGUCAUUCCUAAGCUCACUAUACUCUCUGUUUAAAAAAACCUAUCUCUCUCUCUCUCUCUCGCCGCCUUCCUCUCACCCUCUUCGCAUAGCUUCACUUUCGCCGAUGGCUCUACCUAACCAGCAAACCGUGGAUUACCCUAGCUUCAAGCUCGUUAUCGUUGGCGAUGGAGGCACAGGGAAGACCACAUUUGUAAAGAGACAUCUUACUGGAGAGUUUGAGAAGAAGUAUGAACCCACUAUUGGUGUUGAGGUUCAUCCUCUUGAUUUCUUCACUAACUGUGGCAAGAUCCGUUUCUACUGUUGGGAUACUGCUGGCCAAGAGAAAUUUGGUGGUCUUAGGGAUGGUUACUACAUCCAUGGACAAUGUGCUAUCAUCAUGUUUGAUGUCACAGCACGACUGACAUACAAGAAUGUUCCAACAUGGCACCGUGAUCUUUGCAGGGUUUGUGAAAACAUCCCAAUUGUUCUUUGUGGGAAUAAAGUUGAUGUGAAGAACAGGCAAGUCAAGGCCAAGCAGGUAACAUUCCACAGGAAGAAGAACCUCCAGUAUUACGAGAUAUCUGCCAAGAGCAACUACAACUUCGAGAAGCCAUUCUUGUACCUUGCUAGAAAGCUCGCCGGGGACGCUAAUCUUCACUUUGUGGAAUCACCUGCCCUUGCUCCCCCGGAAGUUCAAAUCGACUUGGCUGCUCAGCAGCAGCAUGAGGCGGAGCUUGCAGCAGCAGCAAGUCAGCCACUUCCUGAUGACGAUGAUGACACCUUCGAGUAGAGAAAGAGAGAUGUGAUCUGUCACUGAUUACCCGUUAGGGCUUGUCUGAACUUUUUUUUGUUCAUGGUGCUAUUUUUAUGUGUCCGUACUUUGAAAUGAAUCGAUGACAUUAGUAAUUUUCAUUUUUAAGUUUUUAACUGUCGCUAUGAAAGUGAAAACCUUUUGAUUACAAACCUUACAUGCUUCACAAUUUCAAUUGUAUCUCUAUUAAUCCUAGCCGCGCAAUCU